CCGAUCCGCGGCUGACCCACAUACCCGGAUCAUCGUAAGCCGAAAAAACGCGAAGCUCGGUUGGCGGAGGUAUUUAAAUUUUGGCCAAUGUGCGCACCCGUCAUGCGAGCUCACCGCGAGCAAAGGGGGCCAGUGGAUACCGCAGGAUUAACUUCAUCGACACGCGAUGACGCGGCGAAUAGAGUAUACUCAACAACGCAACUACGGGUGUACCUGUACGAUUGAUCGGUACAAUAUUACGGGAGGAGCGUAAUCCGGCCGGUUCGCGUAGCGAGGAAUCCGCGUCAGCAGAGCCCGGAAAUCGGUACGGGGCACGAUGUCCGGUAAGGUCAAACUGCAGCAUCAGCCGUCCCUGUCCGUGCCAGCGCCGCAACAACUGCAGUCCAACGUUGGUUGUCCGGCUAAACCGGGCGGUCUCGAGCCAUUGCCACCGCGUUACCAGCCACCACCCCAGCCGGGCAUCCUCAAGGCCCAACAGGCGGCUGUGGCUCACCACCACUACAGCCAACACCAGCAGCAAGCCGCGAGGCUCGCCAACCAAGUCAAGGAGGCCGUCCAGAGCAAGUUCGCCCAGAAGGUCGAGCUGCCCCACGCCCAGCCUACUGUCAUCGGCAGGACGGAUAAGCUCCAGCAGCAGCAGGGAGGUAACUUUCCACCUCAGCAGCAGCAGCAGCAGGUCAAGAGCUUCCCGGCGGUCGCCCCGGCGCCGGGUGUUAAUGUCGCCGGGCAAGCCGCACCGGCGAGACAAAGGAUCACGGACGAGGAGUUUCUGCGACUCGGACCCGUCGAGAUGCUCAAGUUCGUGAGGAAAACCGAGAGCGACAUGGCCCGGCUGGUCACCGAGCAGCACCGCCAGAUCCAGAGUCUCGUGAGCGAGCUGAGGGCGAUGAAGGAGGCGAACCAGCGGCUGAGCGACGACAACCAGGAGCUGCGGGACCUUUGCUGCUUCCUCGACGACGACCGGCAAAAGGGGCGCAAGCUCGCCCGGGAGUGGCAGCGCUUCGGCCGGUACACGGCGAGCGUCAUGCGCCAGGAGGUCUCGGCCUACCAGAACAAGCUACGCCAGCUCGACAACAAGCAGCAGGAGCUCAUAAAGGACAACCUCGAGCUCAAGGAGCUCUGUCUCUACCUGGACGAGGAGCGCGGUGGUGGCGGCGGAAGCCAAAGGGACGACGGCGAUGGCUCGUCCUCCAGCACCAACGCCGACGAGAGCGCGCCCACCCGCCAGCAGCUCCCCCCGCGGCACCACUCCCAUCACCAGCACCACCACCACCACCACCAGCAACAACAACAGCAAGCCACCUUCAACGAUCAGACGAUGCAGUACGUGAGGAGCCUCGAGCAGCGGGUCAAGCAGCUGGAGGAGGACAGCGCUAGGAGUCCCGCGGACGAGUUCCACCUGAGCGGCCGGCCGGAAGCUGUGGUCCGGGCGCUCCAGGUCCUCGAGGUCAGGGAGCAGCUCGAGCGGGAGGCCGGCCAGGGAGACGUGCAAAAAGCCUUGGUCAGGGAGAUGUGCAACGUCGUUUGGCGGAAACUGGAGGAAGGACCCACGCAGAAUAGGCAUUGAGGCCCGACUCUAUACGCUUUCGACAACUUUCAUCAUUAGCU